UCCCCACUCAGCGGCGGCGGCGCCCGUGCCCGCGACCCUGCCCGCGCUCCAGUCGGCGGCGGCUCCGGCUCCGGCUCUUCCUUCCGGGCUGUGUAAGGUUCAGGACCUGAAAAAAUGGCACUGGCAGCAAUUGAUCCACAGCAGAACAUUGUAUCAAGGGUUGCCAACCUUCCUUUGGUGAGCUCCACCUAUGAUAUGGUGUCCACAGCUUACAUCACCACAAAGGAUAACCAUCCUUAUCUGAAGUCAGUGUGUGAAAUAGCAGAGAAAGGAGUGAAGACGAUUACAUCAGUAGCCAUGACUAGUGCUAUGCCUAUCAUUCAGAAACUGGAACCACAAAUUGUAGUUGCCAACAACUAUGCUUGUAUAGGUCUAGACAAGAUUGAAGAGAGACUGCCUAUACUGAAUCAACCCACUGACAAGGUUGUUGCCAAUGCCAAGGAUGUAGUUGUUGGAGCUAGAGAAGCUGUAACAACCACUGUGACUGGUGCCAAGGAAACUGUUGCUUACACAAUCACUGGAGUUGUGGGCAAGACUAAAGAAGCAGUGCAAGACAGCGUAGAAAUGACCAAGUCAGUUGUCAAUGGCAGCAUUAACACUGUCCUGGGAAGUCGUGUGGUGCAAAUGGUGAGCAGCGGAGUGGACAGUGCUCUCACAAAAUCAGAGACCCUUGUAGACCAGUAUCUUCCACUUACAGAAGCAGAACUAGAGAAAGAAGCUGCAAACAUUGAAGGCUUUGAAGUUGGAGUCCAAAAGCCAAGCUACUAUGUUAGACUAGGAUCCCUGUCUUCAAAGGUCCGCACACGUGCCUACCAACAAGCCUUAAACAAAGUUAGAGAUGCUAAACAGAAAAGCCAGGAGACAAUCUCUCAGCUCCACUACACUGUUAGUCUGAUCGAGUAUGCCAGAAAGAAUGUGAAUAGUGCCAAUAAGAAACUUCUUGGUGCUCAGGAAAAACUAUAUCAAUCCUGGGUAGAAUGGAAGAAAAAUACAAGCCAAAAUGAUGGUGAUGAUCUGCGUAGUGCUGAGCAGAUUGAGUCAAGAACUCUAGCUAUUGCGCGAGGCCUCACUCAGCAGCUUCAGACCACCUGCCUCACACUGGUCUCAAGCCUACAGGGGCUGCCACAGAAUGUACAGGAUCAGGUUUACAAUGUUGGGUCAAUGGCAGGUGAUGUCUACCAGAGCUUUCGGUCAGCAUCCUCCUUCCAAGAAUUAUCAGACAGCUUUAUUGCAGCUAGCAAAGGACAGCUGAAGAAAAUGAAGGAGUCUCUGGAUGAUGUGAUGGAUUAUCUUGUUAACAACACACCACUCAACUGGCUGAUUACCUAAGCUGUGAGCUGCUGGAUGUUCUAAUAUUGAAAAGAGAUGGAUAUGGACAAAAGAACCCUCCCUCCCUUCACAGUAGGUGUUGAGUGUGUAUGACAUGGCCAUCUACCUGCUUUGUCUUCCAACUCCCUAUAAACAAUGUUUACUUGUCAGCUGCAUCACCAGUUCUAACUUUAUUAAUCCUCUUGAACUUGAGUGACAGAUGUAUGGUAAUACUCAACUAGUUCAGUGGAAUUGUUCUCAGUAAGUCCUGUGAACUCCUCCACUGGAAAAGAAGUAGUUACUAAGAAACAAGCUUUCUUGGGUUAGGGCUGUCCAGGUAAGUUCUAUCUUUUUCCCUGAUGCAUGCCCUAUACGAGUUUGGGUUGCAGUCAUCUAGUGGACCAAUGUCAGUCACCAUUUUCAAGGAAGUCACCAAACAGCAACAGGCACAAAUGCAGUUCAAAGAAAGCUUAUUACAUAGUCACUACAUGGAACAAAUACCUCCACCUGGCAUGAUGUAGGCACUAAAGCAAAUUACAUGUUGUCUAGCCUUCUAGUGUUAGAGGGUUAGCGAUUAGAUCAAGGUUGGCCUAAUAGUGUGAGGAAGACAGUUUUAAGCACAGUAUUAAACAAAACUGUAGCAAAACAGGAUUGCAGGUAAAGAUUCUGUAACUUAGUGCUUUUAAUACUCACUUUAUGUAUAAAGGUGGGUGUUUAACCUGAAAUUAACAUGAGAUAGUGAGACUCCUGUCCAGCUGGGGCGCAAGUUAACACUCCUGGAGACACAGCACUUUCAGGAAUUCAUUUCUUUCUAAGUUUACUUUGCUAUUGUGUAGGUCCAGCAAGAAUAUCCUUUUUAUCUCCAUUUGUAAUCAUACUCACAGAGUACAUCCGCUAUUGUAAAUGUGCACAGGAAUUGAAUGGAACUAAUUAGGUGUCUGAGCAGUGGGCUAUUCAAAGAAGGGAACUCCCUUUUUGUGUGUAUGUUUUAAAGUGUAAGUGCUCUGGGACUUUAUCCUGAGGUGAUAUGUCUUCUGAGGACUGAGAAAUAAACAGCAUCAUCUAGCAUUACUGCAGGCGCAGUAUAUUGUGUCUGUUAGGAACUUGUGUUACUGGUUUGUAUUCUUGCAUGGCUGUCCAGCCUUACUAAAUAUCAGCAAGCAGAUGAAGUAGAAAGCAAGGAAAAUUUGUUACCAGCCUAGACCUUCGAAGCACUUUCUUACAUUGUACUGUUGGGUAUCUCUUGUUCAAAAGUUACUUGGAAUUCUGGCAGCUGACUACAGCUGGUGGCUGCAAACAGAGCAAGACCUGGUUAAUGCUUACCUAGUGGUUGGACUCCUAUGUCAUGCUGUUACGAUAGGUGCUUGUUUUGUUGGAUGCUGCCCUACCCCUGAAAUGUUAUGUUUCUGUCCACACACACAACCUCCCACCCACCAUCAGAAUUAGGAACUCUUCCCUAGUGGAAGAGACAGCUGAGUAAUAGCAAAUUGAUUUGUUCCUGAUUUUUUUUUUUUUUUAUAUAUAGAAUAAAGUUCUCUGAUUAAGAUUAUUAGACACUGCUAAUAAGGAGAGCAUUGAAUGUUUAAACUGAUUUCCAACUGUACUUGCAUGGGUAUUUUGCUGCAGGUAAUUUAGCAUAUUCCCCACUCCAGUCUAACUGCAGCUCUACAGACAGAAAUUGAGAUUUUUAGUGCAGCUAAAGCUAGAGAGGGUGACUAUUAAUAUGUCCACUGGAGGCAAGAAUGAUGUUUUUCUUCUAGUCUUCUUUGGUUUUUGGCCACUGUCGUUUUCGACUGAAGCUGAUAUGCUACCUCACAAAUAAAGGAGGGAAGCCUGAGAUAAGUGCCAUCUUACCUGUUUUUCUCUAACUUCAUGUAUUAAACAGCUCAACUGCAAUGCACAGAAGCUUCUUUCCUGUUAGUCCAGAAUCACAUUUGAGGGUACAGGUUGGGCUAGAAAACUAGUGAGGUUUUUCUGGAACCUUUUAAAAAAGGUAAGACCAGAUGUGUUGAAAAUGGUAGGAAGUAGAUUCAACUAUUUUCAGCAAGGCAGGUAAACUAGAUUAAAUGGAAGAAUGUGAAAGGCUGCUAGUCACACAAAACCUGGGAUGGUAAAGGUUAGAAUACUAACAUCAUUAUCACUUGUAAGGUUAUUUAGGGUUUAUUUAGAAUUCAGAAAAUUACUUUUUCUCUUUUAGAGAUCACUCAAACAUUGUUCAUGCUAAUUGACACUUGCUCUUCCCAGGUGCAUUUAACAGACAACUAUUAUUCUAUCAUUGCUGGUAACAGUUUUUUAGAAAAGCUUUCAGUAUAAGCAUUUGUAAAUAGCUCCAUACGGUAUGCAAGUUUUGCAAACGUAUUUAUAGCAUUGGUCAAAGCCAAAUUACAAGAUUUGUUUAAGGCCUGGGCUUGCAGCUAGUUUGCCUCAAUCUAAAGAAAGGUGUAAAGCUUUGAAAAUGUCUCUUAUUCUUCAAGAUUAAUAUUUUUGCAGUAAUCUUUCCCAGAAUUUAACUUAGGGUAAUAUUUUAUAGCUGGUAAAAUAGGUGAAAGGAUUUGGGAACAACUGAUGAAUUAUUUCUCAUGAUUUAAUAAAAGUAGUAACUACCAUCAAAAAGCUUUUUUAAACUCUCUAAUUAAAAAGAUGAAAUUGAACCAAACUUAUUUUUAAGCAUGCUCAGUUAGUAAUUUGCAUGAUCAGAGAGUCUUACGUGCAGCAGCUUGCUGGAGAUACUGUGCACAAAAUGAGAACACUGUGUCAAAAUGCUAGUGGCUCAGUUCUAAAAAUUUAGCAAGAAAAAAAUGGAUUGAAGUUGUUAGUAUUGACAUUUGCAUUUGUAUACGAAGACAAAUGCCAAAGUAUUUUUUAGCACUGUUCUAUGUUGGGAUUUUGCAACUAUUAUAUCUUUGUAAAUGAUUUAUUGAAUCAUACAGAGAAAUUGCAGGAAGAGGAGUUAUAUCUGGUCUUAAGUUUUUAUUGCAGGAAUCAAUAGGAAGUUGAAAGAAAGCAGUGAGUUAACUGUGAAAAGUGGUGUGGAACCUAAGGUCUUUUACAUAAGCAAUCCCUAACACCAAGGGCUUUGCAUUGUUCUUGUUAGACUGUGCAGAAAUAUGUGAUUCUAAUACAAUUCAGCAUGGUUAAAACUGAGGUGAAUCAUACUGACAUCCAGUCUGGUUUACUCAUACUGAGAUACACUCCAAUUUGAAGUUUUGUCAUGGCUAUCAAACUCUUGCUAUUACAUUAAAGGAUGCAGGUUCUUCUACUGCAUGCAUUAAGGAGACAAAGAAAACAGAAACUUAAAUUUGAGCAAUUACUAUGUUGUCACUAAGAACAAAAUGGAUUUAAGUAAUGAAAACCCCUUAAAUGUAUUAUAGAGAAAAUUCUUGCUGGUCAGACACACUUACUGAACAUGGUUGUGUCCUGGUCAGUGUAAAUACAUACAACCAUCCAUUCGGGUAUGUUCUUAAAAACUGCAUAUGGACUACUUAGUCUUGUUAGGAUACCUGUAUUUGUACUGCAGUAUGAAAUACAAGAUCAUGUGCUGAUAAUGGGGAAGCUUGUUACUUUCUCUAAGUGCAGUAAUGAGAGUGUUAGGAAAACUGCCAUAAGCAGAAAGAUGAAAGAUAAUUCUUGCUGGUAGAAAGAUGUGUUUCCUGCAUUUCUCGUGACUUUUGAUCUUUUGGGAAACAGAAGUUGCUGAUCUUACUUUGUUCAAGCUUAAGUUUUCAAAGUGGUCCACACAGUUCACGCUAUUCACAGUGGUGCCUGGUUUGUCACAUGCUGCUUAAGUUCUUCUAGAGAUCAGUUUUAAUAAAUAAUUAGUAUUUCAAAGAUCCCUAGUGUCCAGUGACUACAGUACAAUGACUGGUCUGUAAGACCAGUAAAUUAACUUGCAGUACUUCUGUAUUCUGUACAGCCUGGUAGCUGAAGCAGUAAUCCCUUUAUUUGAUAUGGUCUGCCCUUCUGACCUGUCUUAAUAUCCAGCAAAGUAUAGAUUUUUCUUGCUUACUGUCUUUCAUUAAAGUAUAUCAUAAGGUGUUUUGCAGUUAGGGAAUGCAUUAAAUAUGCUUCUUCAGUCAGUGCUGAGCUUAAGUUACACAAAUGCCUACAAGCUGCUGUUGUUUUGAACAUGCAGAACCAAAGUCCUGUCAAAACGCAGCAGUAGUUAUUUGCUGAUACUGUGUCUGGCUCCAAGUAUGUCACAUCACCAACAUUAAAACUAACCAUAAAUCACAUUACAGAUGCAUUUUUCACUUGGAGCAAAAAAACCUUACGAAUAAAUUACUUAAUUUUAUCCCAUUUUUCAGAAGUGCCUAAGUGAUCUAAGUCCUACUAAGGGGACUUAAGGGUUGGGACUUAAGCUCCUAAGUGUCUUAGCCAACAUUUUUAGAAGUCUGUAACAUCCAUCCAUCCAUGUACUGAUGUCUCUCUGGCAAUUCCUGAAACCCUGUGUUGCUUAGCAGUACAGAAUACUAUACAUGCAGUUAAAACAGAGGCGAAAGUGAGAGUGUAAUUCCAGGUAUUUGUUUCAUCAGAAAAGGUCUGAUGCAGUAGGCAGAGAGGGCAACACAGAAACCUGUAUCAAUCUCCUCAGGGCAGAUUACUUUGUAUAGUCCAUUGCUUCUGUGAAAAGAAAGGCAAAAUUCUUAUUUCUCAUUUUUUAGUUUUCCAGUCACCAGUUUCACUAAAUUCAGUCCACUACAUUCACCUCUCCUCCAUCUCUGCUAUAAAAUCCUACCUUCUAGCAACUGAUUUCCAUCUUGUGUAGUAGUUGAUCUGUCUUAAUGGUUUGCAUUUCCUAUGAGUCUCAGCAUAUUUCACUCUGUAAUCAGGGUGUUUGGUCUGAUCUCUAGAGGUACUGAGCAUCUUUGUGUCUUGUCUUCAAUGAAGGAGUACUGCACAAAUUUGUUUAGUUUUACUUUUAAAUUUAUUGAAAUUUCAUUCCUAUACAGGUUCCAGAUUUCACUAUUACAGACCUGUCUUCAGAGUCAGAUGAUGUCCCAGACAUUUUGGAUUUGGAUGAAGAGGAUCAACAGGACUUUUCACGCACAAAUGGCCCUUACACUACAGGGCAAAGAGCUGAAUAGAGAAGCAUAAAAAUGUCUUUUUGAUACAAUGUACCUUUGCCAUGUUUAAUUUAGAUUUUUCCUAUUUAAAGAUGAACCAUCCUAGUUUAGGGAUUAUGGGGAUAUUUUUUUUAAACCAGUACUGUUUCACUUAGCUGCAUCAAAAAUCUGGGUUUUUCAAUGCAAGGAAUGCAUGCUACAUUAAUCGGUUAGCAUGGAUGUCAGGCUCCCAUUCUACAAGCCAGGUAUAGCCUAACCAGUGUAUCCAACUAAUCUGAUCUUUGUUGAUGGUUUGUUCUCCUGCUGGUAGCAGCCAUGAGAACACCCCAGUGCUUUGCAUAAAGGGCUGCCAACAAAAGGAGUUGAUGAGGAUUUGCCCACAUUUCCCCCUUCAGUCUAUGGGAAAAGCAGUGCUGCAUCUACCUCUUUGCUGCUGGAAGGGGUAAGAGACUUUGUCUAUCUCAGAUUUUCUCAGGUUCUUUUGUUAGGCUCUGCACCUACAGAGCUUAGACGCUUAGAGCUUUCCUUUGGCAAGAGUGCUUUAUGCACAAAAGAACUUCCUUUCUUUCCACAUGCCUUCUGUGUGCAAAUAUUUUGGCUGCCAUGAUGCUAUCAGUUGUGGCACCCGAGACUAAAAGAGAGUAAAUGCUUCAAUGUUAAAGUGUUUUGGGUAUAAGGAUAGCAUUUAAAUAAGAAAGGAAAAAAGACUGUAAAAAGAAAGGAAAAAUAGAGAGUAGAGAGAUAAAAGACUUUGGACAAAAAAAAAAAAAUGGGGAAAAAAGAGGGAAUUGAAUGUAAGGAGAGUUCUGGCAACAAUGAUUUUUCAAAAACGUUUUAAUAAAUCUAAAUCAGUUAUUUGCUAAGGGCUGAUGAGUCUGCAUUUGCUCGCGACAUUAACUUCUCUAGGAGUUGGGGAGAGUAGGAAGGGGACUGGAGGCGGAUUUGUUAACAUUUCUUUGCGGGGAGCAGGCGGCCAUGCCGUCGCACAGACCUCUCCGUGUCGUCGGUGUGACUACAAUGCAGUCCGGGGGGUUGCGGCAGAGCGCCGCUCGGCCGCGGGGACACCGCUGCGCCCUCAUCCUGGCACCUGUCCUGGGGAAUGCCUGGAAGUCUGGUCAUGAAAUGCCUUGGAAUAAAAGUUUGAACGGCA